UGGGACUCCCAGGUCCCGAAUCCGAGUCCCCAGGUGGCACAUCUGGAAGCCUGAACCUGAGCUCGCCAGUUCAGCUCCGUAUCUCCAAGCCUCCAGCCCAGGUGCGCCUGCGAGGUCGCAGUCCGGCCCGCAGGGUUCCGCGUGGCCGCGAGGUGGCGCCAUAGUCGCGGUAGCGUCUGACAGUCUCUGCCGCUCCAGAUAAGAGUGUGCGGAAAGCGCGGCGGGGCUGAGACGCGACCAGGACGCGGGGAGGACGGACCUGCAGGACAGACCGACCGGGCGCCCGGCGGGCGGAGGGCAGCGCAGCGCAGCCACGUCCCCCCCUGGAUCUGCCGGCAGCCGGGCCCGGGGCUUCCGACAUGCUCCCCAGGAGAGUGUGCUGGGCAGACGAUGCUGGACACGAUGGAGGCGCCUGGCCACUCGAGGCAGCUGCUACUGCAGCUCAACAACCAGCGCACCAAGGGCUUCUUGUGCGACGUGAUCAUCGUGGUGCAGAACGCCCUCUUCCGCGCGCACAAGAACGUGCUGGCGGCCAGCAGUGCCUACCUCAAGUCCCUGGUGGUGCAUGACAACCUGCUGAACCUGGACCAUGACAUGGUGAGCCCGGCGGUGUUCCGCCUGGUGCUGGACUUCAUCUACACCGGCCGCCUGACGGACAGUGCUGAGGCGGCGGCAGCGGCCUCGGUGGCCCCGGGGGCCGAGCCGAGCCUGGGUGCCGUGCUGGCCGCCGCCAGCUACCUGCAGAUCCCUGACCUUGUGGCCCUCUGCAAAAAGCGCCUCAAACGCCACGGCAAGUACUGCCACCUGCGGGGAGGAGGAAGCGGCGGCGGCGGCUACGCGCCCUAUGGGCGGCCCGGCCGGGGUCUGAGGGCCGCCACGCCCGUCAUCCAGGCCUGCUAUUCCUCUCCGGCCGGGGCUCCGCCACCGCCUGCAGCUGAGCCACCGUCCGGCCCCGAGGCCGUAGUCAACACCCACUGCGCCGAGCUGUACGCCUCGGGCCCGGGCCCUGCAGCCUCACUGUGCGCCCCGGAGCGCCAUUGCUCCCCGCUUUGCGGCCUGGACCUGUCCAAGAAGAGUCCCCCGGGCUCCUCCGCCCUCGAACGACCUCUGAGUGAGCGCGAGCUGCCUCCGCGCCCGGACAGCCCUCCCAGCUCGGGCCCCGCAGCCUAUAAGGAACCACCGCUCGCCCUGCCGCCGCUGCCACCGCUGCCCUUCCAGAAGCUGGAGGAGGCCAUUCCCACUCCAGACCCGUUUCGUAGCAGCGGCGGGAGUCCGGGCCCCGAGCCCUCGGGCCGCCCCGACGGGUCCAGCCUCCUCUAUCGCUGGAUGAAGCACGAGCCAGGCCUGGGUAGCUACGGCGAAGAACUUGUCCGGGAUCGCGGCUCCCCCGGCGAGCGCCUGGAGGCGCGUGGUGGGGACCCGGCCGCCUCACCUGGGGGUACCCCGCUCGGCCUUGUGCCCCCGCCGCGCUACCCAGGCAGCCUGGACGGGCCGGGCACUGGCGCUGAUGGUGACGACUACAAGAGCAGCAGCGAGGAGACUGGUAGCAGCGAGGAUCCCAGCCCACCCGGCGGCCACCUCGAGGGCUACCCAUGCCCGCACUUGGCUUAUGGGGAGCCUGAGAGCUUCGGCGACAACCUCUACGUAUGUAUUCCAUGUGGCAAAGGCUUCCCCAGCUCGGAACAGCUGAAUGCCCACGUGGAGGCUCACGUGGAGGAAGAGGAGGCACUGUAUGGCCGAGCAGAGGCGGCGGAGGUGGCUGCGGGAGCCGCGGGCCUCGGGCCCCCUUUUGGUGGAGGCGGGGACAAGGUCCCCGGGACCCCAGGAGGCCUGGGAGAGCUGCUGCGGCCCUAUCGGUGCGCGUCCUGUGACAAGAGCUACAAGGAUCCCGCCACGCUGAGGCAGCACGAGAAGACGCACUGGCUGACGCGGCCCUAUCCGUGUACCAUUUGCGGGAAGAAGUUCACGCAGCGUGGAACCAUGACACGCCACAUGCGCAGCCAUUUAGGCCUGAAGCCUUUUGCUUGCGACGCGUGCGGCAUGCGCUUCACACGCCAGUACCGCCUCACUGAGCACAUGCGCAUCCACUCGGGCGAGAAGCCCUAUGAGUGCCAGGUGUGCGGUGGCAAGUUUGCUCAACAACGCAACCUCAUCAGCCACAUGAAGAUGCACGCUGUAGGGGGGGCGGCCGGGGCGGCCGGGGCGCUGGCCGGUCUCGGGGGACUAACUGGUGUCCCCGGCUCGGAUGGCAAGGGCAAGCUCGACUUCCCGGAGGGAGUCUUUGCGGUGGCUCGCCUCACGGCCGAACAGCUGAGCCUGAAGCAGCAGGACAAGGCAGCUGCGGCAGAACUGCUGGCACAGACCACGCACUUCCUGCACGACCCCAAGGUGGCGCUCGAGAGCCUCUACCCACUGGCUAAGUUCACUGCAGAGCUGGGUCUCAGCCCCGACAAGGCGGCAGAGGUGCUGAGCCAGGGCGCUCACCUGGCUGCCGGACCCGACGGCCGGACCAUCGAUCGUUUCUCCCCCACCUAGGGCGCCUCUCGCCAGUCCAUCUGACGCUGCCUGGUGGCCCGGGUCGUAUAGUCCUGGGGAGCGGCGGCGGCAGCCCUCCGACGGGCCGCUCCCGGGACUAGUAGCUGCGGCGAUGCCGCAGUGGGGUCCACUUUUCUGCGGCCUCACUGCUUUGUGCCUUAGCCUGGGGGUGCGAGUGUGUGUGGGGGAACCCCGGGGCGGGGGUGGGACUGGGGAAGGGAGAUUUAUAUUUUUGAUAUCAGCUUUGACCAAAGGAGACCCCGGGCCUCUUCCUGUGGUUCGUUGGCCCCCUCCCCGGUUCCGUGCUGCUCUGGGGGCGGGAGAAGGGGUGUCACUAUUCGGGCGCUCCCAGCCCUACCUCCGGCCCUUGCGACCACACCUAUUCUCACUGUGAAUCUCUCGGCUGGGGUCGGAGCGUCGGGCACAGUCGGGGAGAGGUAAGGGGAUUGAGCCGGCCGGAGGGCCCCCCCCACCCCCUGCUCCUGCCCGCCCCGGGACUGAUAAUGUGAAGUUCCUCAUUUUGCACAAGUGGCACUAGCCCCAGGGCCAACCCUUCCCUUCCUUACCGCCAGGGUGGGCAGUUCUGGAGCUAGGGUAGACAGCCCUGGCCCACCUGUCGCCACUCCCGCGGUGUCCUCCCUUCCCUGGGGCCCCGGACCAUAUUUAUUGCAUGCGCCCCGGGUGGCCCCUAUCCUGAGUCCAGCCUUGGCUGGGCUGGAAGGAGGUCUCCUUAGUUCCCGUUCUCUUUCUUUGUAUAUCUCCUACCUUGUACACAGGCUCUUCCAGAGCCGCUUCCAUUUUCUAUACUCGAACCAAACAGCAAUAAAGCAGUAACCAAGGUCCCUAA